ACUAGUUCGGGAUAGCACGCGGGAGAGCAGCACUACGCACACCGCGGACUGCAAGAGAACGAGGAAAAUGGAUUUUAAAACCCCUCAGUGCAUUGAAGCAAAGGAUUAUGAUGGGGUGGCAGAGAUCAUUGUAGAGCUGGAAAAGAUGAGUGACUCUGAGGAGGUCGUAGAGGAGGAGGAGGAGGAUGAGGAAGAAGAGGAGGAGGUCGAAGACUCCGACGAUAGCAGCGAUAGCUUCGACUCCGCCAUAGAGGAGGCCUGUCUGUGGGGAGAGGACUCUGUUGUUGACCAGAUCGAAUCUGGGUCUGAUAAGGAGUGGGAGCCAUUUCCUAAACGGAGUAGGUCGGUCACCACGACUCCAACUGCAUCUCAGCAGUCACCUUCCCCUAUGCGUAGAACCUCAACCCUCACCCCAACUAAGAAAAAUAAGAAGGCACAGGGAAGGUCCAGCUCACCAAGAACACCAAGAAAGCAAGUUAAUGGUGCAUCUCGGGUCUUGGAGCUGGGUGAAGAGGAAAGGUGGAAUGACAUUACUGAUGAGGAUAAACAACCCAGUCUCUUCAGAUUUCAUCCAAAACGACCCCCAGGACCACAACUUUUGCCAGGCAAAACAUACUCACCUCUGCAGUUGUUCCAGCUGUUUUUCAGCUCUUCUGUUGUCCAAACUCUUGUGGACAACACAAACAAGUUUGGCAAGAUUUCAGCUGCAGGUGGAAAGAAGCUAAAGUGGACCCCAGUUACUGUAAAAGAGUUUUAUGCCUUCAUUGGACUUGUUGUGUACAUGGGCUUGGUAAAGGUGAAGAGUAUCAUGGAUUUAUGGUCCAAGAAACAACUCUAUCAAUUUCAGUUCCCCUCCAUGGUGAUGAGCAGCAAGAGAUUUACUGCUAUUUCAAGCAAUCUCCAUUUGUCUGACCCAGAGGAGGAUGCAGAAAACAUGAAAAAGAAGGGAACUCCGGAUUAUGACAGACUGUUCAAAAUAAAGCCCCUGUACACCGACAUCCUCUCAGCAUGCCACAGUUUUUUCCAACCCAGGAGAGAACUGUCCAUAGAUGAACGAAUGGUGGCUUCAAAAGCAAGAACUGGACUAAAGCAGUACAUGAAGGCAAAGCCCACUAAAUGGGGCUUCAAAUUGUUUAUUUUGGCAGAUUCAGCAAGUGGGUACACAUGGAAUUUUUUUGUGUAUGAAGGGAAAAGUCCCUUUGCAUCAGGAAAAGGACUAAGCUAUGAUACGGUCAAAACACUCCUGGAUUAUUCAUUACUCGGCCAUGGAUACAUGGUGUACAUGGACAAUUUUUACACCAGUCCAACCCUUCUUUCUGAUCUGCUGCAGGAAAACACUCUUGCUUGUGGAACCCUUCGUACCAAUCAACUAGGACUUUCACUCCCAAAAAAUAAUGAACUUCCAAAGAGGGCCGAAAGAGGAGACAUCCGCUGGUACAGACAAGGAAAGCUGCUCUACGUCAAAUGGAUGGACACGAGAGAGGUUACCAUGUGUUCCACAAUGCACAAGGCCUAUAAAGGGGACACAGUGAAAAGAAAGGUAAAAAGCAAAGAAGGUGUGUGGGAUAUCACAACUGUACCAAUUCCGGCUGCUGUAAAAGAUUACAAUAAGCACAUGGGUGGCGUCGACCUUUCAGAUGCGCUGAUUGGUUACUACCAUGUCCUCCACAAGUCAAGAAAAUGGUACAAGACAUUCUUUUUCCACUUCAUUGAUAUUGCGAUUGUUAACAGCUUCAUUCUGCACCAACAACUGGCUGACGUCACUGGACAAGCCACCCUCACACAAAAAGCCUUCAGAGAAGCCUUAGUGAUGGAACUUACAAAGACUGUCAGAAAAUCAAAAGAUGUUUCAGGACCUAAAGGCCAGUCAAAAGAGGAAAAGCCCACUAGAACUUCAAGCCCAUCCAAGCGGACAGCCCAGGAUGAGAUGUGCAUGCCUGCAUUCUAUGGCACUGAUGCUACUGCAGGAAGAAAGAAAUGUGAGCACUGCAAAAAGGACGGACGUCAAACAAAAACUCCAGUUUUCUGUGCAAAAUGUGGCGUGCCUUUGUGCCUCGUACCAGCACGCAACUGCUUCAAGCUGUGGCAUGAAGACCUCUAAAAAAAAAAAAAAAACACACACACAUGCAGAAAUGUAGAUAGUUAUUGUACAUUGAAAUUUUUAUAUCUUUUAUAAUACGUGUUUUUUUUUUUGAUAGAAAGGCAGAAAUGUAAAUAGGUGCUGUUAUUAGUUACUUUUCUAUUUUUUAUACUGCGCUUUGUAUCUUGUAUCAAGGCAGAAAUGUAAAUAGUUUUAUUUGUACAUUAUUAUUUCUGUCUUUAUAAUACAGUUUGUAAAUCUUGCAGAGUAAAACAAAGAAAUGAAUCUUCUGGCUUGUUUCACUUAUUAUUGUUCUGAUUUGGCUCUAUAAUAAAGAAAAACUGAAAAAAAAAAUUAAGUUAAUAUAAUAGUGCAUAUAGAGUUUGUCAUCUGUGGUAAAGGUAAAAGACUACUUUGAGAAGUCAGAAAGCUACUUGGAGAGUGGUUGGAUGAGAGUUUGUCAAAGACUGUAAAGAAAUACAAUAGAAAAUGUUGCCAUCAAGAGUAAGUAAUACAUAACCACUUUAUUCCCUGCAAAAUUAGCUUUUAAUAGUUUUCAUUUUGGAGAGGUUGGAGUCAUUUGGAGACACUUGGAGAAGCUGUUGUACACUGUCCCUUUCAUGGGCAUUACCUCUUCAGUUUGUGGUCCCUAAAAUCUAAAACAAUAAAAUAAAUUUUGAAAAGA